AUGGAUCCGUGUGGUUCACGUCCCUGUCCACUGGGUAUACAGUGUAUUCCCUUCUACAAUGAGUAUCUGUGCAAAUGCCCAAACGGAUUCACUGGAAAACGUUGCGAGAUCAGAGGAUACGAUCUGGACGACGCAUGUGCUGCGGAACCGUGUGGAAUGCAUGGAACAUGCAUUCCAAUUCCAAAGCAGCACAGUCAUAACCUUGGCUACAUCUGCAACUGCACCUAUGGAUUUUCUGGAAAAACUUGUGAUGACAUUGCGCCUCCAUUCCUCUCACGGAUUUCGUUUAUCGAAUUGAUUAUUGCGCUGGGAAUUCUCGUUCUCAUUAUAACUGCCAUCUUUGCCAUCACAGUUCUACGUAGAUGUCUCAAAUCGGAAAGUGACGAUGGAAAGUACGGAGAACAUGUGCAUGCUGUGGCACACGUGCGUAAUCCGCAUGUGGUGCCACCGCCAGUGGUGUCAGCUCCUCCUCCUUUGCCACCGAGAGCCUUCCGUGGCGGAAACCAGAUGAUAUCAAACCUUGAACAGGCACAACUGACUGGUCUACCGACGGUGCAGGUACGCCCGCUACCACAACGUGAACGUCUCUCAUCCAGUGGUCGAGGCGAAUCACGGUCACCGUCUCUUGUCGGCACAGGGAAGCAAUGGAAACGUGUCACAGAUUACGGCAGUGCAGCAGAUGAUUUGGAUGAGUCUGGACGAACAUCGUCACACGAUUCUAGCGCAUUGGAAGCGUUGCGUCGUUUCGGCCUCCGAGUUCCUGAAGAAGAAGAACAAGGACGUUUUCCUAGUAACAAAAAUCGAGGUCGAGUCAAGGAACCUCGUCAGGCGGUCGCUACUAGAGAUGCUCUCUCGACAUUGAAUCAAGAAAGGGUUCCGCUUACUGAGUCGAUCCAAUGUCUGCCAACAAGUGAUGGCGAUGAUGACGGCAAUGAGAAGUGGGGUGAUGGAGUAGAUCGCAUAGGAGCCGCAAUACAAAUGGAACGAUUAAGGAUUGAGUCUCUGACUGGUCGGGUGAAUGUUGGGGAGACGGUGUUGAGCCCAGUUGUGAACGAUGACGACUACAUGACGAUGCGACCUCGCCGGAGUUUAGCGACUUACAGCGAGAACCAGCAGCGACCACUUCUGGAUCACGGGGACGAUAGCGACGGUACUGAUGAUGCAGUUUUGAGUAGUCAAGCACCUCAACCUCCAAGUCACAAGAAUAUGUUCACUUCUCGGAUUUAUGAUGAUCCUCCAACUCAACGUGGCGCUGGAGGAGACACUGACUCCUUGAAUACGUCGGCCAUCUGUGAUAUUGAUGCCAGUGAUGUUGAGGAAUUGUCUACUGAUGCUCUAUUAUAG